GCGGGCUGCGGGCAGGGAGGGUGGCGGGGAGGGCAGCGGGCCCUCGCUGCCCACGAUCGCCCGCGACCCCAGUACCGGCUGCCUGAGGGCCCCAGCCUACUCGCACCACCAUGGUGGGCCGGCUGAGCCUGCAGGAUGUCCCCGAGCUGGUGGACACGAAGAAAAAGGGAGACGGCAUCCUAGACAGCCCGGACUCGGGGCUGCCCCCCAGCCCCAGCCCCAGCCACUGGGGGCUCACGGCGGCCGCGGGCGGCGGCGGCGGCGGCAGCGGCGGCACCGGGGACCGCGCGCCCGUCCCCGGAGCGCUGGAACCCGACGUGGCGGCGACCUCCGCGGCCCAGAAGAACCCAGCAUCUCUCCCUCAUGUCCUGGCUGCUGGCUACUCACCAAGGCUCUGUCCCCUGUCUUUUGGCGAAGGAGUUGAGUUUAACCCCUUACCACCGAAGGAAGUAAGGUACACGUCCUCGGUCAAGUACGACUCUGAGCGGCACUUCAUCGACCAUGUGCAGCUGCCCUUGGGCCUGGCAGUGGCUUCCUGCAGCCAGACGGUCACCUGUAUCCCCAACUGCACAUGGCGUAACUACAAGGCCGAGGUGCGCUUCGAGCCCCGCCACAAGCCCAUGCGCUUCCUCAGCACCACCAUCAUCUACCCCAAGUACCCCAAGACCAUGUACACCACCACCCUGGAUUACAACAGCCACAAGAAGCUGAGGAGGUUUUUGUCCAGCGUGGAGCUCGAGGCCGCAGAGUUCCUGGGCAGCGACGGCCUCUCGGAUGACUGCUGACUUGUCCUCCCCAGACCACCUGGGGGCAAGUUGGGCAACAUUGCUCUUGUGUUAUUCCAAUCCCAGUCCCACAGAAGUCUAACCUGGAGAUACCUCUAAAUCCAGCCGAUGGGGGGCAGAGGGGAGAAGAAAAUCACUGCAUCUUAUCAUUACGGAGAGACUCGGUCUGGGUUUUGCAUUUUCCAAUCGCUUUUUACCAGGAGCACAUUUCCUGGUUUGUUGCUGUGCUUUCUUCAUUGAGGAAAGUCAAUGAGGACCAGAGGGAAAGGACAGUGGAGCUGUGUGGAGGAGGGAGGGUGGAGGCGAGCUGGCGCUCUGGCAGCCAGUGUGAGUGUGAGGAAGAGCACACGCAGCCCCGCAGUGGAGACGCCACAGGGUGGAAACAAGUCAACUGUAAGAAAUUUCAGCCCUGGGUCUCUUUGCUGCUUUCAAGAGUGGAGUGAACUCAGUAUGCUAUGACCCCCAUAUGUGUUCAAUCUGGGGAAAGCCGAAUUCCAUUUCAUUUUUAUUUCCACUUCCAUUUGAAUUUCCUGUUAACCAAAACUCUUGGAAUUUCUCGAGAUCAUUUUCAUGAUACUGAAAGAAAAAGGGCGGGGGGAGGGGAAAGAAAAGCCCAAACCACAAUAUGAGAUGCUUUUAAGAAGGAAAG